UACGUAGCAUGGGACGUUAUUGUUCAGCGUGAGCGUAUUCUGCUAAAGUGUUAGCAAGGUGCUUGCUAAUAGUCCUAACAAUUGAAAGAAAUAUUCAGUUUAGUCGUAUAAUAGAGCCGAUUGGCUUUCAGGUGCACCUUGUUUUUUCCUGUAGUCUGCUAUGAGCAAGAGGAAAGCACCACAGGAGUCCCUAAAUGAGGGAAUAACAGACUUUCUUGUUGAGCUGGCCAACUACGAGAAAAAUGUCAACAGAGCAAUACACAAGUACAAUGCAUACAGGAAAGCAGCAUCCACCAUUGCAAAGUAUCCUAACAAGAUUAAAAGUGGAGAAGAAGCCAAGAAACUGGAUGGAGUUGGUGCUAAAAUAGCUGAAAAGAUUGAUGAGUUCUUGCAGACUGGCAAACUACGAAAACUGGAAAAGAUCCGAAAUGAUGACACCAGCUCCUCCAUAAAUUUCCUCACUAGAGUCACUGGAAUUGGGCCUGCUGCUGCCAGAAAGUUUUUUGAAGAAGGGGUCAAGACAUUGGAUGAUUUGAAGAAGGUAGAGCACAAAUUAAAUCAUCACCAAAAGAUUGGACUCAAGUACUUUGAAGAAUUUGAGAAAAGGAUCCCAAGAGCUGAAAUGGAAAAGAUGGAGACUCUUAUUCUGAAGGAAUUGAAGAAAAUUGAUCCAGAAUAUAUCGGAACAAUUUGUGGAAGUUAUAGAAGAGGUGCUGCAUCGAGUGGUGAUAUUGAUAUUUUGCUGACUCAUCCGAAUUACACUUCUCAAACAGAGAAGCAGCCUAAGCUUCUUCAUGCUGUGGUCGAUCAUUUGGAGUCCAUUGAGUUUGUGACCGACACUCUGUCCAAAGGAGACACCAAGUUCAUGGGAGUCUGCCAGCUGCAGGGAAAUGAAGAUGAUGAUGAGGAAGAGGAAGAACAUCUUCACAGGCGCAUUGAUAUUAGGUUAAUUCCUAAGGAUCAGUACUACUGUGGAGUUCUGUAUUUCACUGGAAGUGACAUCUUUAAUAAGAACAUGAGGACUCAUGCGCUGGAGAAGGGCUUCACUCUGAAUGAGUAUACCAUCAGACCACUUGGUGUCACUGGUAUUGCAGGAGAGCCUUUGUUGGUGGAUAGUGAGAGAGACAUCUUUGAUUACAUCCAGUACAGAUACAGGGAACCCAAGGAUCGCAGCGAGUGAAGAAAAUCUAAAGUGGUUCUGCAAACAUGAAUUACAAAAAAAGGAUCUUGUUUGUUUUUUUUUUACUCUUUUACCACUUUUACUAUUCACUCAUUACGCUGAAAAAGAGCAAUAAUGGAAAGAUUUAUUUCUUAGAGUUGGAUCUUUUUCUUAACUUAAAUUGAAGUGAUCUUCACAUCCUGGUCUUGGUAUUUAUUUAUGCUUCACCGUCCUGUCCUAUGGAAGUACUUCUGCUGUAUUUUGGGGCUUUACUUCAUAUCAGCUAUAGUUUUAUGUCCCUCAUUUUCAGACUGUUUAUUGUAAACCUAAAAGGGGAGUUACAUUUUUAUAUAUAAAAAAAAACACUUCUAAGUGGAUUGUCUUUGUUACAUUUUUGUUUGAUUCGUUUAUAUGCAUGUUUUUGCAUUUCAUUAUGGCCUUUUAUAAGUGUUUUAGUUUGAAGUUCUUUAGAUUAGGGACCUUGAAAAUGUUACAGCAUCAUGCUCUGUAAUUGAUUAUUGGACUAGGCUCUUGAUUAUAGAUAGUUUCAAGAAGCCGCUGAGUGGGUCUAUUUAUAUAAAUUUGAAUAUGGUGAACUGUAGUUUAUUCAAUCUAUUAUAAGUGAUUAAAAAACCUCAACACACAUCAUUUUGGAUUAUGGCAAAAUGUGAUAUUUUUCCAGGAAAUGGGCAGCAGAUGGACAUGAAAUAAUAAAUUAGGGUUGCCUUUAGUUUGUGUUGGGAUCUCUAAAAAAUAUGUUGAAUGUUACUGAUGAAGAAAAUGGGAUGUCUGAAGCAUUGCUUAUUGUCAGUCACUCAUUUAGAAUAGAAUAAUCCUUUGGGUGUUUGUUAAAUAAUAAUGCUGGGUAAUUGUUUGCGAAAUAAACAAUAAAUCCAAA